AUGGGAAAACCCAGCUCAAUUUUUCCUUAUGCAGAUUCCAAGGAAUCAGUUCUUGUGGAACCAAAGCCCUAUAGGCCACAAAUUCCUUUUCCAAGAAGACAUGAGAAGAAACCUCUGGAUGAAAAGAAGUAUGGUCGGUACAAAGAAGCUAUAAGUGAGUUCAUCGCUGACAUUCCCUUUACAGAGGCAGUAAAGCACAUCUCUUUGUUUAAGAAGGUUUACAAUGAUGUUGUGGUUGAAGAAAAGGAUUUGGUGGAAGUUAAAGCGUUUUUGGCUCGAGAGAAGAACAUUCAUGCUCCAUAUUUGAAAAGGCUACCCAAGUUAGAAGAUCCAGGAAGAUUUGUUGUUCCAUGCUCCAUCCUAGGAGUGAACUUUGAGAAUUCCCUUUGUGAUAUUGGAUCUAGUGUGAACGUGAUGUCUAAGGCUAUUGCAGAGAGGUUGGGGAUUGAUGAUAUGAAGGCCUCUAAGGUCACUCUCACGUUUACAAAUGCUGUCACCACGACUCCACAAGGCUUCAUUAACAAUUUAGAUGUUCGAGUUGGGAAUUGCUUGGUUGCUACAAAUUUUCAUGUUGUGGAAAUGAGUGAGGGUUCUGUUAUGCCUUUGAUUCUUGGGAGACCUUUCCUAGCAACAAUGGGAGCAGUUGUUGACUUGCCUAAUAAGAGGAUAACUUUCUCUAACAUUGAUGAUAAGGUCUUUUACAACAUGGCUCUUGUCUAG